GUUGCUGAAGUAAACGAAAAUAGACGAGAAGGAAAGCACGCUCUAGGCGGUGGUGCAGAUCUCGUUCUGCAAGGAAGAAGCAGCGUCUCGCCAUGGCUUCCUCCACCAUGGCUGCCGCAUCGCGUGCUGCUCUCAGCGGGGCGGUUGCUGCUGCCCCUGGGGCCGCGCAGGCGUCCAAGAGUGCCCGGCACAAUGCCGCUGCAAGCCCCCGGUGUAAAGCACCAACCACUCCGAAGGGACUCGCUGUUGAGGGACUUAGGACGAAUGCUCAGACCGGCAGCUUUAGGAGCUUCCUAGGGGGGGCUGACCUCAGGAAAGGACUGAAUGUGGCACAUGUGCAGCAAAAGACAACUGCUCCUAGGCGGGGGGUCAUUGCUGCGGCCGCGGCAGAUGAUGGCGCCAAGCGCGUUGUCUCCCUCAAGGACUACCGCAACAUCGGUAUUAUGGCGCACAUUGACGCUGGCAAGACCACAACCACUGAGCGGGUUCUUUUCUACACUGGGAAGAGUUACAAGAUUGGCGAGGUGCACGAGGGAACGGCCACGAUGGACUGGAUGGAGCAGGAGCAAGAGCGUGGGAUUACAAUCACAAGUGCUGCCACCACUUGCUCGUGGAAAGACCACAGGAUCAACAUCAUUGACACGCCAGGUCACGUGGACUUCACCCUUGAGGUCGAGCGUGCUCUCCGUGUGCUGGACGGCAGUGUGUGCCUGUUCGAUUCCGUGGCCGGAGUCGAGCCCCAGUCCGAGACGGUGUGGCGCCAGGCCGACAAGUACGGCGUGCCCCGUAUCUGCUUCGUGAACAAGAUGGACAGGCUGGGGGCAAACUUCUUCAGGACCGUCGACAUGAUCAUCGCCAACCUGGGCGCGACUCCCGCUGUCCUGCAGCUGCCCAUCGGCGCGGAGGACACUUUUGCCGGCAUUGUCGAUCUGGUAACCAUGAAGGCGGUCAUUUGGAACGGAGAAGAGCUGGGCGCUUCUUUUGAGACUGUGGACAUCCCUGAGGAUCUCCAGGACCAGGCUCAGGAGUACCGCGAGAAGCUGGUGGAGCUGGCGGUGGAGCAGGACGAGGCGGCUAUGGAGGCUUUCCUGGAGGGCAACGAGCCCGACGAGGCGACGCUCAAAGCGCUUAUCCGCAAGGGCACAAUCAGUCUCUCGUUCGUCCCCGUCACGUGCGGAUCUGCGUUCAAGAACAAGGGCGUGCAGCCCAUGCUCGAUGCCGUCAUCGAUUAUCUCCCCUCCCCCCUCGAUCUUCCCGACAUGAAGGGUUCCGAGGUCGACGAUCCCGAGAAGCCGAUGACCCGGCCCCCGAGCGACGAUGCCCCGUUCUCAGGACUCGCGUUCAAGAUCAUGACGGAUCCGUUCGUUGGGUCGCUGACGUUCUUGCGGAUCUACUCUGGGACACUCGCGUCGGGGACGUAUGUGAUGAACGCGGCCAAGGGCAAGAAGGAGCGGAUUGGGCGGUUGUUGGAGAUGCACGCUAACAGUCGGGAGGACAUCAAGAUGGCCCGGACGGGCGACAUCGUUGCGCUGGCAGGACUGAAGGAUACUAUUACGGGAGACACUCUGUGCGACAUGGACAAGCCGAUUGUGCUGGAGCGCAUGGAAUUCCCCGACCCCGUUAUCAAGAUUGCGAUUGAGCCCAAGUCGAAGGCUGACCUGGACAAGAUGUCGACGGGGCUGAUCAAGCUGGCGCAGGAGGACCCCUCGUUCCACUUUUCUCGGGACGAGGAGACCAACCAGACUGUCAUUGAGGGCAUGGGGGAGCUGCAUCUGGAGAUUCUGGUUGACAGGCUUAAGAGAGAGUUCAAGGUGGAGGCCAACGUGGGCGCCCCUCAGGUGAACUACCGCGAGUCCAUCAGCCGACCGUACGACUGCAAGUACACGCACAAGAAGCAGUCGGGCGGGCAGGGCCAAUUCGCUGAGGUCGCCAUCAAGUUUGAGCCUGCAGAACCCGGUACCGGGUUCGAGUUCAAGAACGAGAUCAAGGGAGGAGUGGUGCCAAAGGAGUACAUCCCGGGUGUGAUGAAGGGGCUAGAGGAUAUGAUGGGUACCGGUGUGCUGGCCGGUUUCCCCGUGGUCGACGUGCGCGCGACUCUGUACGACGGUUCAUACCACGAAGUCGAUUCGUCCGUGCUCGCGUUCCAGCUGGCAGCCCGGGGGGCGUUCCGGGAGGGUAUCGCAAAGGCCGGCCCGCGGCUACUAGAGCCCAUCAUGAAGGUCGAGGUUGUGACGCCCGAGGACCACCUGGGUGACGUCAUCGGUGACCUCAACUCGCGGCGUGGCAUGGUGUCCGGCUUCGCAGACAAGCCCGGAGGCAUGAAGGUCGUGGAUGCGGAGGUGCCCUUAGCUGAGAUGUUCAACUACGUCAGCAACCUGCGGGGCAUGUCCAAGGGCCGGGCGCAGUACACCAUGCAGCUGGCUAAGUUCGACACCGUGCCUCAGCAUAUCCAAAACGACAUUGCCUCCAAGGCGGGUGGUGUUACAGUUUAGGGUCCGUUUGCAGGGUUGGUUGGGCGCUGCAUUUCUUGGCGCUUUAGAAGAGCUGGCUCUCCGUGUCCCAAUUGCAUUGGUUGGGGCUUCCGAAUUUGAAAACUGCUGUUUUCCAAAUUAUUGAUUGGUCAUAGAUAUCAGGUAUACUCACUGCGGAGCUUUCGUUUCUGCCCUGCCAUUCUGAGUACAUCAAAUCAUGUGUCAGUCAGCGAAUGGGAAUUCCUCAUCUACCAGACAACAACUGACCUGGCCACUGUUCCGAAUUUGCUAGAUCAGAGGCUGCCAUGUGACAUACAUGCUGUGGCCAUAUAUCGGGUCGAAAGUCCGAGUGUGUAUGAAUAAGUGGUUUAAACUGGCAUGAAACGGC